AUGUCUGCCGCUGCCACCAACAUCACUCCGCCGACGUCGCCCAACGCUGCCCCAAGCUGGCGCCGUCCGCUUCUGUGCCCGCCGUCGACAUCGCCCAACGCCGCUGAAGCCGUCAUUGGCGCUUCGUCCACCAUCGUGCCAGCCGUUAACAUCGCCGGUCCGCCGUUGUGUCCACCCUCCCCUCGGCGGCGAACAUCUCCGCCAUCGAUGCCCCCGCGGCCCUUACCGCGGCCUCUGUGGCCGCUGCUGCCACCGCUGCGCGCGAACAUUUUUGCCCUCGACGGCCCCACGGCCUUGUCCGCGGCCUCUGUGGUCGCUGCUGCUGCCGCUGCGCUCGAAGUGCCGCCGCUGCGCUCUCCCUAG